AUGCGAUUCCCCCGUCGAGACGGCACUGGCACCGCAGCCGGCCAUGAAGCCGCCAGUGACCCGACCCAACGAUACAUGAUCUCCAUCUUCGCUGCCCUUGCGUGGUGCAAUUCCAUUGAGCUGAUUGUGCUGUGCUUUACCACCUUCAAGCGAUACCGCGGAUGGUAUUUCUGGAGCCUGUUGUUCGCCUCCUGCAGUCUUAUCCCCCAUUGCCUGGGUUAUAUCUUCUAUAUUUUCCCACUAGGCAUAUCGACCUAUAUCUCCGUGACGCUGAUCAUUCUCAGCUGGUGUGUCAUGGUAACAGGCCAUUCGCUGGUCCUGUGGUCGCGACUGAGUCUUGUCCUGCAGGCACAUAGGGUUCUCUCCGCUAUCCUGAUAAUGAUCAUCAUUGAUGCCAUCAUAUUCCACAUCCCCACGACUGUUCUUAUGUACGGGUCGCUCUCGUCUCAGGUCUUUGCUUCUGGGUACAACGUCAUGGAACGUAUCCAGCUUGUCGGUUUCUGCAUCCAGGAAUGCAUCAUCUCCGGUACUUAUAUCUGGGAAACAGCCAAGACAAUGCGUCUACGUCCCGAUAGCCACCACCAUAAGAUCCUGGCCCAUUUGCUGGCGGCAAAUGUUGUCAUUCUCGUGCUUGAUGUAGCGGUCGUGGGCUUCGAAUAUGCCGGGUACUAUGCGCUGCAGGUCAUGUUCAAACCGCUGGCGUAUAGCAUUAAAUUUAAGCUCGAGUAUGCUAUUCUUGGACGUUUGAUUCAAAUCGCAAAGGGUUCGUGCUCCAACAAUAGUCCCUUGUCGUGUACCGCUCAGAACCAGUUAUCCGGUUCACAUCCGUCGCGUCAGCGAGGUUCGGGAAGUUACGAUGUGGGUGACAUUGAUCGCGAUGUUCGUGUCUACAUGUCCCCGGUGGUGUGCGGGGAGGUUUAUGAACGGUCGUCUGCUGCAGCCUAG